UACUUUCACUCGGCCGAUUGGCCGCCUCAUUCCUUCUUAUGUUUCUUUCAAUAGCGCCGAACAACCCUUAUCUAGUCUCUCCCUUGUUUAGUUAUAGCCGCUUCUUAUUUGCUUCUCUUCUCCGCACUCCAAGUUGGUGGUGCUCGUCUUACCCAUAUGGUAUCGUUAUUAGCUUCCCUUAACUUUUGUAUUAGCCGGUAAGGAUUCAAUUUGUUUCUUCCAAGGGUUUUUUGGAUCUAGGUUAAUAUAUUAUGAGUUUUGUUUUGCAAGUGGGUGAAUAUGUUGUUUAGAUUUUGUUUGAUUUGCCAUUUGUUGAGCUUCACACUCUCUUGUUUUGUUUCUCUCCUGGACUAGCCAUUGGUGACGGAUGAUUAGGCUCCACAGAGGAAUAAAGAAUGCACGGGGCGAGUGAAGCGAUGAUAGCGAAGGUCUGGCAAGAUUAGUGGCCGUCAUUUCGAUUUUGCUGUCUUUCUAAGUCCAAUUAGCUUUUUUCAUUGUUUGUACGCAUAGUCCAUGUUGUAUUUUAUUAAGGUACAUUUUUUACUCAAGGAAUGGGAUAAGAGUUGAGUAAUUGCCACCAUCUUUAAAUAAAAAACUUAUCAAAGAUUAGUUCUCCACACGUCAAAUGCAUAGGGAUAACUAAUUGUCCCUAUAAGUUUCUAAAUCUGUAUCUCCAAAUACACAUGUUUAGAGACUAUUACUCGUUCCUAAAAAUGAUAUAGGAGACAAUUAGUUUUCUCCAAAGAUAUAGUAUAAAGGACCAAUUGUCAUCCUCAAAUGCUAAAACUUUAGGGGAUGAUUUGUUGACUUCAAUUUGAUACAUAUUGGGACGACAUGUUGACCCCAAAUAUACACAACACAGACAUGCUAGGGGACAUAUUUUUUACUUAGAAAAAAUUUUUAGGGGACAAUUUAGUGUCUCCAAAGUAAUGAUUAUAGGGACGACAUUUUUUCUUACAUCGGGGGAAAACGAGACAACAACUCCUGAAUAUCAAGGAUGACUAUUGUCCCUACUACAAAGGAGGACCUAAAUUUUGUCGUCCUUAAAACAAUAUAGGACAAGCGUAUAAGGGACGGAACAUUGGGGGACAACUUUUGGCGUCCCCAAACUUUCUCUUUUUGUAGUGAUUGUACUCAUCAGGAUUGUAGUGAUCAUCAAACUGAUCUGAGACCUACCUCGAUGCAACGCCCUUGUUCCUCCCAUGGGAACCAUUCGCCCGUGAACUCGUAGGAAAAACUACAGUAGAAGCCUCUAACUCCUAUAACCCUACAUCUACAUCUGCCUCUGACUGAUGUGCGAUCUGUCGAGUGCGCUUCUUUUCCUUAUUCUUCUUUGGCACCGUCCUUCAUGUUGAUGCAUCAACAUUCCUACCAUCGAAUCUAGGAAACUCACUCACUCCCGCCCGCAUCUAUAUCUAAUUAUGAUGAGGACAUCAAUGGGCAGUCACACGUGCUAAGGCAAGGAUGUUGAAGGAGAAGCUUGCUACAUAUUUGGAGAGCUACUUUGGAGCCAUGGACGUGGAGCUAUUUCGAGGGAAGCCAUAUAUGAUGAUUCGAGUGGACGAAGAAGGAGGAAGUGCUGAAGAGAUGGCAGAUUGCAAGAAGUAGCCUUAACGGGUUUGCUUAACGGGUCCACCCUUAACAGGUUUACUUAACGGGUCCAGGCUUAACAGUUUGGGCUUAACGGGUUUGCUGGGCUAUUUCCGAGUUUUCAUGUUUUAAAGUCGGUUUAUGAUUGUUUUUCCAUGCUGGAGUCGGAUUUUGGGUUGUACUUUGCCUAUUUAAAGGGCUGAACACGUUGGUUUGCCCUUAGACGAUUAUUAUUGAAUUUUAGAGGCUAUUGUCGAGUUCCCUACACAGAAUUUGCCCUAAUUACUCUAUCGAGAAUCUCCAGAGUGCUAGAGUGACUCUUAUCAGCUAGGUAUUCACCCUAGUUGUGGCGAGCUACCCAUAUCGAUUGCCCUUUAUUCCGAGUUAAAUCUGUACGAUCGAUUCAUAUAUUGAUUGCCCUUAUUCACGGGUGAGUACUGUUCGAUCGAUUUCCAUCCUAUCCGGUUCUGUUUGGUUCGAGAAGCUUGACCCUGCGCUACUUUGAUUAUAUCAAGUGGUAUCAGAGCCUGGUUCAAAUCAGUGGCGUGUUCUUGAAGUUUUUUUGACUAUCUUGUGCGUUCUUGUUCGUGUUCUUGGUGGUUUGGUGCAAGUUCUUGAAGGUCUUGGCGUGUUCUUGAGCCGCAAGACAUGAGGUUGUUUGUUCUUGGGAGUUCUUGGUGUUUCUUGCGAGGGAAGAAGCAGGUUGUGUGAGUUCUUGUGUUCUUAGAGUUUUCUUCCAUCGCAAAUCAAUUAGAGAACAUUGCUCGUGCUCAAGAAGAGCAAAUAGCAAGGCUUGCCGAGCAAGCCACGAGGAUGGAGGUUGUCGAGACAAGGUUCCAGCAGCCGAUUGUGGUCAACGCAAACCCUAACCCUAGACCUUGACAAGAAGAAAGGGGAAGGGAAAACCAAACUCCUCCACCCUUGGUUCAUGAAUUACAACAUCAUAUGCGCCAACAUUGAUGCCUUGGAAUGCCUCGAGCUGAAAGGAGAGGGCGGCAACAACAUCAUGAAGGGGAGUUUAAUGACGAGAAAGAAGAGGGCUUUGAGGAGGAUGAUGAUUUGAGAAACCUCAAGGUCACGAUUCCACCUUUUCGCGGUACCACGAACUCUGAUGCUUAUUUGGAUUGGGAGAGAAAGAUGGAACUUGUGUUUGAUUGUCAUAACUACUCCGAGAAGAAGAAAGCGGCAUUGGUUGCCCUAGAGUUCUCGGAUUAUGCACUUGUUUGGUGGAAUGAUUUGGGAACGAGAUGAAGGAGAAACAGGCAGCGUCCUAUUGAGACGUGGGAUGAGAUGAAAGGAAUUAUGAGGGAUCGGUUUGUACCGACUUCCCAUUUGUGAGAUAUGUAUCAAAACCUCCAGCUUCUACGACAAGGAACUAAAAGCGUUAAAGAUUAUCACAAGGAGUUGGAAGUAUUGAUGAUACGUGCUUAUGUGAGAGAGGACCGCGAGGAUACCAUAGCUCGUUUUCUGUAUGGUCUCAGUCAAGAGAUCAAGAACGUGGUGGAGAUACAACCGUUCCUUGAACUUGAAGAUUUGGUGGAUAUGGCAAGUAAAGUGGAAUGGCAGCUUCGAAAUAGGAGGUUUCAACCCACCACGAAUUCCACACGUUUGAGCCAAGGAGUUGCAACCAACCCUAAGCCGCAACUGCCUAUGAAAGAAGCUCCUACACCCGCGGCAAGGGCUGAUUGUGCAAAUCUAGUUAUAAAGCAAAGUGGAUCGUCGAGAGAAAUUUGUUGUUUCAAAUGCCAUGGAAGAGGACACAUUGCGAGCCAGUGUGCUAAUAAGAAGACCCUGAUCUUACUUGAUAAUGGCGAGUAUGUAUCCCAUGAAGAGGGAGAGACCACCGAUUUUGAUGCCGAUGAGUCUAUGGAAAUGGAACCACCCCCAGGCAGCUUGUUUGUAGCACAGAGAGUAUUGACUGCGCAGCCUAACGAGGAGAGUGAACAGCGAGAAAAUAUCUUCCAUACGAGAUGUGUAGUUGAUGGAAAGGUGUUGUCUCUAGUGAUCGAUGGAGGAAGUUGCACGAACGUUGUGAGCACGUGUGUGGUGAAGCAUCCAAAGCCAUACACGCUGCAAUGGCUUAACAAUCACGGAUCCAUCAAAGUCACAAAGCAGGCACUAAUGAAGUUCGAGAUUGGAGAUUACAAAGAUGAGAUUUUGUGUGAUAUAGUGUCUAUGCAAGCUGCGCAUGUGCUUUUUGGCAGGCCAUGACAGUUUGAUCGACAAGCACAGCAUGAUGGAGUGACAAAUAAGUACAAGUUGCAACAUGGAGGACAGAACUUCGUGUUGAAGCCUCUGUCUCCAAGUGAAGUAUAUCAAGAUUAAAUCCAAAUGCAGCAACGUCGAGAGCAAGAAAAGGCAAGUAAUGCCUCGGCCAAGAAAUGAGAAGAAGGAGCUGGAAUGGUGGAUUCGAAGGCAUUGAUGCUAGCACGCAGUGGAGAUUUGAAGCAAGCUGCCUAUGCACGAGAACCUUUGAUUGUGCUCAUGUACAAGGACGUGCUUCUCAAUCAAGAGCUAGUCCAAGAAGUUCCAGCCGAAGCAAGAGUGGUGUUGGAUGAGUUCGAAGAUGUGUUUCCAGAGGAAGCACCAAAGGGGCUGCCUCCUAUUCGCGGGAUUGAGCACCAGAUUGAUUUCGUGUCGGGAUCUCAAAUUCCAAACAAGGAAGCAUAUCGAGCUAAUCCGGAAGAGACCAAAGAGCUGCUAAGGCAGAUUGACGAGCUCAUGGAGAAGGGGCAUGUUCGAGAAAGUUUGAGCCCGUGUGCAGUUCUGGUGAUUCUCGUGCCAAAGAAGGAUCACACGUGGCGGAUGUGUGUGGACUUCCGAGCCAUCAAUAAAAUUACAGUUAAGUAUCGUCAUCCAAUUACACGAUUAGAUGAUAUGCUUGAUGAAUUACAUGGCUCUACGGUGUUUUCCAAGAUUGAUUUGAGAUCAGGUUACCACCAAAUUCGUAUGAAGGAGGGAGACGAGUGGAAGACUGCGUUUAAGACCAAGCAGGGUCUAUACGAAUGGAUGGUGAUGCCCUUUGGUUUAAUCAAUGCUCCUAGCACGUUCAUGAGGCUGAUGAACCAUGUUUUGGGGCCAUUCAUUGACAAGUUCGUGGUCGUAUACUUCGACGACAUUAUGAUCUACUCGAAGUGCAUGGAGGAUCAUCUAAAUCACUUGAGAGAGGUGUUCGCGAUGUUGAAAAAGGAGAAAUUGUAUGCUAACCUCAAGAAGUGCUCGUUUUGCACUUCUAGUGUUAUUUUCCUUGGGUUUGUGGUGAGUGGAGAUGGUGUCAAGGUGGAUGAAGAGAAAUUGAAAGCAAUUCGCGAUUGGCCUAUUCCAACCAACGUGAAUGAGGUGUGGAGCUUUCAUGGGCUUGCUGGGUUCUAUCGUCGAUUUGUGCCAAUUUCAGCACCAUUGCCGCACCAUUGACAUCCAUCAUCAAGAAGAACGUGACGUUCUAUUGGGGAGAGGAGCAGACCAGAGCAUUCGAGCUGCUCAAGCACAAGCUCACACACGCACAUGUCCUGAUGUUGCUAGAUUUCAAUAAGACAUUCGAGGUGGAGUGUGAUGCUUCUGGUUUGGGAAUUGGAGCAGUGUUGAUGCAGGAGAAGAAGUCGAUUGCUUACUUCAGCGAGAAGUUGAGUGGGGCUUCCCUCAACUAUCCGACGUACGACAAGGAGCUUUAUGCUCUAGUUAGAGCCUUAGAGACGCGGCUCGAUGGGUCGUUGAAGUAUUUGAAAGCUCAACACAAGAUGAACAAGAGACAUGCUCGAUGGGUUGAGUUCAUUGAGGUCCUUUCCAUACGUGAUCAAGUACAAGCAGGGAAAAGAGAACAUAGUUCUUAAUGCCCUAUCUUGAAGGCAUUCGUUGAUCACAACAAUGAUGGUGAGUGGGGCUUCCCUCAACUAUCCGACGUACGACAAGGAGCUUUAUGCUCUAGUUAGAGCCUUAGAGACGCGGCUCGAUGGGUCGUUGAAGUAUUUGAAAGCUCAACACAAGAUGAACAAGAGACAUGCUCGAUGGGUUGAGUUCAUUGAGGUCCUUUCCAUACGUGAUCAAGUACAAGCAGGGAAAAGAGAACAUAGUUCUUAAUGCCCUAUCUUGAAGGCAUUCGUUGAUCACGACAAUGAUGGUGAAGUAUUUGGGUUUCGAGUAUAUCAAGGAGCUCUAUUCUGAUGAUGUUGACUUUGGGGAGAUCUAUAGAGCUUGUGAGCAGCAUGGCGAUGGGAAGUUCUAUCAAAGUGAUGGCUACUUGUUUCGAGCUAACCAGUUGUGUAUUCCUCGGUCAUCACUUCAAGAGUUGCUGUUGAAAGAGGCUCAUGGAGGAGGCUUAAUGGCACAUUUUAGUUUAGACAAGACGCUGAGUUGUCUACAAGAGCACUUCUAUUGGCCACACAUGAAGGGAGACGUGGAGAAUCUGUCUGCGAGGUGUGUGGAAUGCAAGCAAGCCAAGUCGAAGGUGCAAUCAUCUGGAUUGUACACACCAGUGCCGAUUCCAUAUGCUCCAUGGAUCGACAUCUCUAUGGAUUUUGUGCAUGGUUUUCCGCAGACAAGGAAGGGAAGAGAUUCGAUUUUUGUGGUGGUGGAUCUAUUCUCGAAGAUGGCACACUUUAUUCCGUGUCAUAAGACGAAUGAUGCUAUUAACGUGCCUGAUUUGUUUUUCAGGGAAGUGGCGUGAUUACAUGGGAUGCCACGUUCUAUAGUAUUCGAUCGAGAUACUAAGUUUCUGAGUUCCUUUUGGAAGACGUUGUGGAGCAAACUGGGGACAAAGCUGCUGUUCUCUACCACAUGUCAUCCUCAAACCGAUGGGCAAACAGAGGUUGUCAAUCGAACUCUGUCCCAAAUGCUGCGAGCUGUGAUCAGGAGCAACAUCAAGGUUUGGGAGGACUGCCUUCCCCACGUGGAGUUUGCUUACAACAGGAUGGUGCACUCGACGAUGAAGUUCACUCUGUUUGAGCUCGUGUAUGGUUUCAAUCCACUCACUCCUUUGGAUUUGAUGCCAUUACCUUUGAAUGAGCAGGUCAAUAUCGAUGGAGCCAAGAAAUCCGAGUUCGUGAAGAGUUUACAUGAGAAGGCGAGAUUGAACAUUGAGAGAAGGACGAAGCAGAUCAUGCGCAAUGUGAACAAAAAUAGGAAACCGAGGCACUUUGAAGUUGGCGACUGGGUGUGGGUGCAUUUGAGGAAGGAGAGGUUUCCCCAGCAGAGGAAAUCAAAGUUGAUGCCCCGAUGUGAUGGUUCUUUCCAGGUUGUUUCGAAGAUUGGAAGCAACGCCUACAAGAUCGACUUGUCGGGAGAGUAUGGAGUAAGUGCAACGUUUAAUAUUUCUGACCUUGCACCUUAUUUGGAUGGCAAUUCGAAUUUGAGGGCAAAUCCUUUUGAAGAAGGAGGGGCUGAUGAGGACAUCAAUGGGCCAGUCACACGUGCUAAGGAAAGGACGUUGAAGGAGAAGCUUGCGACAUAUUUGGAAAGCUACUUUGGAGCCAUGGACGUGGACCUAUUUCGAGGGAAGCUAUAUAUGAUGAUUCGAGUGGAGGAAGAAGGAAGAAGUGCUGAAGAGAAGGGAGAUUGCAAGAAGCAGCCUUAACGGGUCCAGCCUUAACGGGUUUACUUAACGGGUCCAGGCUUAAAGUUUUAGGCUUAACGGGUCCAAGCUUAACGUUUUGGGCUUAACGGGUCAAGGCUUAACGGUUUGGGCUUAACGGGUUUGCUGGGCUAUUUCCGAGUUUUCAUGUUUUAAAGUCGGUUUAUGAUUUUUUUCCAUGUUGGAGUUGGAUUUGGGUUGUACUUUGCCAAUUUAAUGGGCUGAACAAGUUGGUUUUCCCUUAGACGAUUAUUAUUGAAUUUCAGAGGCUAUUGCCGAGUUCCCUACGCGGAAUUUGCCCAAAUUACUCUGUCGAGAAUCUCCAGAGUGCUAGAGCGACUCUUAUCAGAUUGGUAUUCACCCUAGUUGUGGCGAGCUAGCUGACUCACUCCUACUGUCACUCUAGAAAAUGGCCAAGUGAAACCACUUCCUAAAGCGCUGUAUAACGGGUUUGGGUUUUAAUGUCAACCCGGGUCAUAGAUAUGAUGACUGCUCAGUGAAUUCUUAUUAUCUAGCGGUAAAACUUAAGUGCAGGUUCAAACAAACAAAGACACAAAGCAAGUUAAACGGUUGUUUCAAGUCGAGAGAGGUCACCCGGAUAUGGUUCCCCCUAGACUGCAGUUAAGCCGGAUUGCAAUUUACCAAGUUCAAUUUCUAUGAUAGUUAUACUGCGGAAGAUUCUUAAACAGUCCGAAGUCUCGACUAAAGGUCUCCAGACCCUCUCAGUCUGAAUCUCUAGCGGUUGACUAACCUCCACCGGAGUUAACAGACUGAGGCCCUAACAACAAAUACUUCACUACCGAAGUAAAUUCGGUACAGAAUAGUGAAUUGGCUCCUCGAAUAAAGUCGCCAAUUCACUACCUUCAAUUAAGGGUGCUCUAUCAACCUAGGCAGAUAUUCUCUUUCUAGGUUAAAUCAGAAACAACAGGAAUUUGAUCAGGAUCCAUGCCAUUCAAUCAUUCAAACCUCAAUUGAAUAUAAUCAAAUCAUAGAAUCUGCAAUUGGGUUCAUACAAUCAAACCUAACAUACAGAUCUAGGGUUUCCCAUACCCAGAUGAAUGGGAGAACUACUCCAUGGAGAAAGAAGCAAAAGCAGAUUCAGAUGCGGAAACCAUACUGUGAAGGAUGGAUUUCUGCUCUUGGGCGUCGAUCGGCACUCCUCCAAGCUCAAGCCAGGCUCCAAUGGUGAUGAAGAUCAAGCUAGGGCACUUGGGAACUCUUGUUUGUCGCUUUCUCUCUCUAGGAAUCGCUCUGUCUCUCUAAAACUCGAAUCCCCUUCUCUUUUGGCUGAAAUCUGCCUAAAAGGGCAUCACUAGGCAAAACACGGUCGAGGGCACGGCCGUGCUUUGCUCCAGCCCGCCCGUGCCCUGGCCAUGUGUUAAAAACACGGCCGCUACUUUGGGAAAACACGGGCGUGCUUGAUGAUGGACACGUCCGUGUUCUGGGACAGUCCCGCCCGUGUUUUGAGCUAGUGUUUGACAGUCUUGGAUCAAGCCUCGGCAGUAAAAUCACGGUCCAGGAACACGGCCGUGCUUUGAUUUAGGCGUGCCCGUGUUUUGGCUCCAGCUCGACCGAAUGACUUCCGAAUGCCCCAAAACUCGUGCUUAGCCUUUCCUUCGACGUCUGGGACCUGAAAUAUGACAAAGGAGCACAACCCGGCGUAAAAUAGGCCAAAAAUACAUGACUAUGCCCCCU